CAAAAGCAGUAAGGAGAGAAAAAUGGCUAGUGUCUUUCCCGCAUGUUCAGGUUCUGCUUCUCUUUUUCAAGGCAGAAAUUUCUUCCCCUUUGCAACCAAAGGGUCUUGUCUUCACCUCAAAAGAUCACUCUCUGCCAAAUGUGUAGCUUCUCUGGGAACUGAAAUAUCAGUGCCUCCAGCAGUUGACACUUUCUGGCAGUGGCUCAAGGAAGAGGGUGUUGUCUCCAGCAAAACACCAGUGAAGCCUGGUGUGGUGCCAGAAGGCCUAGGACUGGUUGCACUCAAAGACAUUUCUAGGAAUGAUGUUGUGUUACAGGUGCCCAAGAGGCUGUGGAUUAACCCUGAUGCUGUGGCAGCUUCAGAGAUUGGGAAAGUGUGUAGUGGAUUGAAGCCUUGGUUGGCUGUUGCGUUGUUUCUGGUAAGAGAGAGGUCAAAGGAUGAUUCUCUUUGGAAGCACUACUUCAGUAUUCUGCCCAAGGAAACUGACUCUACAAUUUACUGGUCAGAGGAGGAGCUCUCUGAACUAAAAGGGACUCAACUGCUGAACUCAACACUGAGUCUGAAGGAGUAUGUGAAGAGCGAAUUUAGGAGGCUGGAAGAAGAAAUUAUACUCCCUAAUAGGAAGCUUUUCCCUUCUCCUAUUACAAUUGAUGACUUCUUCUGGGCAUUUGGAAUUCUAAGAUCAAGGGCAUUUUCUCGCCUUCGCAAUGAAAAUCUAGUUGUGAUUCCAUUAGCUGACUUGAUAAACCAUAGUGCCAGAGUAACUACAGAAGAUCAUGCUUAUGAAAUUAAAGGAGCAGCAGGUCUUUUCUCCUGGGAUUACCUAUUUUCCCUAAGGAGUCCCCUUUCUCUCAAGGCUGGUGACCAGGUGUAUAUCCAAUAUGAUUUGAAUAAAAGCAAUGCUGAGCUGGCUCUGGACUACGGUUUCAUUGAACCAAAUGCAGACCGGAAUGCAUAUACCUUGACACUGCAGAUAUCUGAGUCAGACCCCUUUUUUGGUGAUAAAUUAGACAUUGCUGAGUCCAAUGGUUUCGGUGAGACAGCAUACUUUGACAUCUUCUACAACCGCCCACUUCCACCGGGGCUGCUUCCAUAUCUGAGACUAGUAGCUCUAGGGGGCACUGAUGCUUUCCUUUUAGAGUCAAUAUUUAGAAAUUCCAUUUGGGGUCAUCUUGAAUUGCCUGUGAGCCGUGACAAUGAGGAGCUAAUAUGCAGAGUGAUUAGAGAGACCUGCAAAACUGCCCUUGCUGGUUAUCAUACAACCAUUGAAGAGGAUCAGAAGUUGAAAGAAGCUAAGCUAGAUUCAAGGCUUGCUAUAGCAGUGGGAAUUAGAGAAGGGGAGAAGCAGCUCCUGCAACAAAUUGACGAGAUCUUUAAGGAGAAAGAAUUGGAAUUGGCCCAGUUAGAAUAUUAUCAGGAAAGGAGGCUCAAGGACCUUGGACUUUGCGGGGAAAGUGGCGAUAUCCUUGGGGACCUUGGAAAAUUCUUUUAGAAGGAAGAAGCAGAAGCAU